CCUUCGCCUGCUAAAUUCCCUUGGCCAGCUCUUAAUGGGCUGAUGGCCAGGCAGCCCUUUCCUAGGAAGGGUUUGGGCUCUUCUCUGGGUUGGCCCUGCCUGCCUCCCACUGUGAGGCCCCCUCCUGGGACCACUGCAGCAGGGCCGUUUUGGGGUCACCCCAGGCCAGGGCCAAUGCCCAGAGAGCCCAACACUGCCAGUGAGAGGUGCAGGCAGGCUGGACCAGAGCGGACUCCCCGCCUCCCAACCACCGUACACAUACUUCACCCAGGGCAUCCGUCCGGCUGGCACACAGCACAGGAGCUGGCCGUGUGGAUCUUUGUUGUGGGGCUUUCUGAGCCGCUGCCCUCAGACCCUUGGGUGGGCCAGAUGGAGGAGGGGGUCAGGGAGCCAGGGCCGGGGGAGCAGCAGCUGGCAGUGUGGGUGCUGAGGUUGACCAGGGUCCGGUCCCCCACACCGCCCCCCGCAGAGAGAGCAGCCAUGGAGGAGGUGGUGAUCGCCGGCAUGUCCGGGAGGCUGCCUGAGUCGGAGAACUUGGAGGAGUUCUGGGCCAACCUCAUCGGCGCGGUGGACAUGGUGACGGAUGAUGACAGGCGGUGGAAGGCGGGACUGUAUGGCCUGCCCCGGCGGUUAGGCAAGCUGAAGGACCUGUCCCGGUUUGACGCCUCGUUCUUCGGGGUCCACCCCAAGCAGGCAAACACAAUGGAUCCCCAGCUGCGCUUGCUUCUGGAGGUCACCUAUGAGGCCAUUGUGGAUGGAGGCAUCAACCCAGCUUCCCUUCGUGGGACGAACACCGGUGUCUGGGUGGGUGUGAGCAGCUCUGAGGCCUCAGAGGCUCUGAGUCGAGACCCUGAGACCCUCAUGGGCUACAGUAUGGUGGGCUGCCAGCGUGCCAUGAUGGCCAACCGCCUCUCCUUCUUCUUCGACUUCAAAGGGCCCAGCGUUGCCCUGGACACAGCCUGCUCCUCCAGCCUGCUGGCCCUGCAGAGCGCCUACCAGGCCAUCCGCAGUGGAGAGUGCCCCGCGGCCGUUGUGGGUGGCAUCAACAUCCUGCUGAAGCCCAACACCUCGGUGCAGUUCAUGAAGUUGGGCAUGCUCAGCCCUGAGGGCUCCUGCAAGUCCUUCGAUGCAGCAGGGGACGGCUACUGCCGUGCAGAGGCUGUGGUGGCCGUCUUGCUGACCAAGAAGUCCCUGGCCCGACGGGUGUAUGCCACCAUCCUCAAUGCCGGCACCAACACUGAUGGCUUCAAAGAGCAAGGCGUCACCUUCCCCUCCGGAGAGGUGCAGGAGCAGCUCAUCCGCUCCCUGUACCAGUCGGCCGGGCUGACCCCCGAGUCCCUGGAGUAUAUCGAAGCCCAUGGCACUGGCACCAAGGUGGGCGACCCCCAGGAGCUGAAUAGCAUCACGCGGGCCCUGUGUGCCACCCGCCAGGAGCCCCUGCUGAUCGGGUCCACCAAGUCAAACAUGGGGCACGCGGAGCCCGCCUCGGGGCUCGCAGCACUGAUCAAGGUGCUGCUGUCCCUGGAGCACGGGGUCUGGGCCCCCAACCUGCACUUCCACAGCCCAAACCCCAAGAUCCCAGCGCUGCAAGACGGGCAGCUGCAGGUAGUGGACCGGCCUUUGCCCGUUCUCGGGGGCAAUGUGGGCAUCAACUCCUUCGGCUUUGGCGGCUCCAACGUGCAUGUCAUCCUCCGGCCCAACGCCCAGCCGCCCCCGCCGCCUGCCCCGCACUCUGCCCUGCCCCGUCUGCUGCGGGCCAGCGGGCGUACCCUUGAGGCGGUGCAGGGCCUGCUGGAGCAGGGCCUCCGGCACAGCCAUGACCUGGCUUUCGUGAGCAUGCUCAACGACAUCGCGGCCGCCCCCACGGCCACCAUGCCCUUCCGUGGCUACGCUGUGCUGGGCGGCCAGGGCGGCAACCAGGAGGUGCACCAGGUGCCGGCUGGCAAGCGCCCACUCUGGUUCAUCUGCUCCGGGAUGGGCGCACAGUGGCGCGGCAUGGGGCUGAGCCUCAUGCGCCUGGGCAGCUUCCGCGAUUCCAUCCUGCGCUCAGACGAGGCCGUGAAGCCUUUGGGACUGCAGGUGUCGGACCUGUUGCUGAGUACAGAUGAGGCCACCUUUGAUGACACCGUCCAGUCCUUCGUGAGCCUCACUGCCAUCCAGAUUGCCCUCAUAGACUUGCUGACCUCCAUGGGCCUGCGGCCUGACGGCAUCAUCGGGCACUCCCUGGGUGAGGUGGCCUGCGGCUACGCCGAUGGCUGCCUCUCUCAGGAGGAGGCUGUCCUCGCUGCCUACUGGAGGGCCCAGUGCAUCAAGGAGGCCAACAUCCCGCCUGGGGCCAUGGCAGCUGUGGGCUUGUCCUGGGAAGAGUGUAAGCGGCGCUGCCCCCCUGGUAUCGUGCCUGCCUGCCACAACUCCAAGGACUCUGUGACCAUCUCCGGACCUCAGGCCGCAAUGUCCGAGUUCGUGCAGCAGCUGAAGCAGGAGGGUGUGUUUGCCAAGGAGGUGCGGACAGGUGGCAUAGCGUUCCACUCCUACUUCAUGGACUCCAUCGCCCCUGCGCUGCUGCAGGCACUCAAGAAGGUGAUCCGGGAGCCGCGGCCCCGCUCCGCGUACUGGCUCAGCACCUCCAUCCCCGAGGCCCAGUGGCAGGGCCACCUGGCCCGCACGUUCUCAGCUGAGUACAACGUUAACAACCUGGUGAGCCCCGUGCUAUUCCAGGAGGCACUGAGGCACGUGCCUGAGCACGCCGUGGUGCUGGAGAUCGCCCCCCACGCCCUGCUGCAGGCCAUCCUGAAGAGAGGCCUCAAGUCCAGCUGCACUGUCAUCCCGCUGAUGAAGAAGGACCACAGGGACAACCUGGAGUUCUUCCUCGGCAACGUGGGCAGGCUGCACCUGAUGGGCAUUGACAUAAACCCCAAUGGUCUGUUCCCACCCGUGGAGUUCCCGGCCCCCCGGGGGACCCCCCUCAUUUCCCCGCACAUCAAGUGGGACCACAGCCAGACUUGGGAUGUGCCCGCCGUGGAGGACUUCCCCAGCGGCUCCAGCUGCUCCUCUGUCACUGUCUAUAAGAUCGAUGCCAGCCCUGAGACCCCUGACCACUACCUGUUGGAUCACUGCAUCGACGGCCGCGUAAUUUUCCCCGCCACUGGCUACCUAUUCCUGGUCUGGAAGACGCUGGCACGAGCCCUGGACCAAAACAUGGAGCAGGUGCCUGUGGUGUUCGAGGACGUGACACUACACCAGGCCACCAUCCUGCCCAAGACAGGGACCGUGCCCCUGGAAGUGCGGCUUCUGGAGGCUUCGUGCACCUUCGAGGUGUCUGAGAACGGCAACCUGAUCGUGAGCGGGCAGAUACACCAGUGGAAGGACCCCGAUCCCAGGCUCUUUGACAACCAGUAUGGCACGGGCCCCACACCUGUAGACCCCAGUGCUGCGUUCCACCUGAGCCAGAGCGAUGUGUACAAGGAGCUGCGGCUGCGGGGCUACAACUACGGCCCCCACUUCCAGGGCAUUCUCGAGGCCAACCUCGAAGGUAACACAGGCCGGCUGCUGUGGAAAGACAACUGGGUGACCUUCCUGGACACCAUGCUGCAGAUGUCCCUCCUGGUCCCGGGCCACCGCAACCUGUGCCUGCCCACGCGCAUCACCGCCAUCCACAUCGACCCCACCACCCACCGGCAGAAGCUGUAUGCGCUGCAAGGCGAGACACAAGUGGCCGACGUGGUGGUGAACAGGUAUCUGAACAGCAUCGUGGCCGGCAGCGUCCACAUCUCGCGGCUCCACGCCUCGGUGGCCCCUCGGCGGCAGCAGGAGCAGCUGGCACCCGUCCUGGAGAAGUUCUGCUUCACGCCGCACGUGGAGAGCGGGUGCCUGGCUGGGAGCCUGGCCCUGCAGGAGGAGCUGCAGCUGUGCAGGGGGCUGGCACAGGCACUGCAGACGAAGGUGGCCCAGCAGGGGUUGAAGAUGGUGGUGCCCGGGCUGGACAGUGCCCAGGCUCCCCGGGAGGCCCCGCAGCAGGGCCUGCCUCGGCUGCUGGCCGCUGCCUGCCAACUGCAACUCAAUGGGAACCUACAGCAGGAACUGGGCCAGGUCCUGGCCCAGGAGAGGCCCCUGCUGUGUGACGACCCCCUGCUCAGCGGCCUCCUCGACUCCCCAGCACUCAAGGCGUGCGUGGACACCGCCCUGGAGAACACGGCCAGCCUCAGAAUGAAGGUGGUGGAGGUGCUGGCUGGUGACGGCCGACUGUAUUCCCGCAUCCCGGCGCUACUUAACACCCAGCCCCUGAUGCAGCUGGACUACAUAGCCACUGACCACCACCCCCAGGCCCUGGAGGCUGCCCAAGCCAAGCUGCAGCAGCUCGGCCUGACCCAAGGCCAGUGGGACCCUGUGGACCCGGCCCCCAGCAGCCUGAGCAGGGCUGACCUCCUGGUGUGCAACUGUGCCCUGGCCACCCUUGGUGACCCGGCCACGGCCGUCGGCAACAUGGCGGCUACCCUGAAGGAGGGAGGCUUCCUGCUGCUGCACACGCUGCUCGGAGGUUACCCCCUGGGGGAGACGGUCGCCCUUCUCACCUGCUCUGAGUCCCAUCAAGGGGGGCAGCACCUCCUGAGCCAGGACGAGUGGGAGAGCCUAUUUACCGGGGCAUCCCUGCACCUGGUGGCCCUGAAGAGGUCCUUCUACGGCUCUGCGCUCUUCCUGUGCCGCCGGCCAGCCCCGCAGGAUAGCCCAGUCUUCCUGUCCGUGGAGGACGCCAGCUUCAGAUGGGUCGACUCACUGAAGAACAUCCUGGCUGACUCCUCGUCCCGGCCCGUGUGGCUCAUGGCCGUUGGCUGCACCACCUCAGGUGUCGUGGGCAUGGUGAACUGUCUCCGAAAAGAGCCCGGCGGGCUCCGGAUUCGGUGCGUCCUGGUGUCCAACCUCAGUAGCACGUCCCCCAUCCCUGAGAUGGACCCAAACUCCUUGGAGCUGCAGAAGGUGCUACAGGGGGACUUGGUGAUGAACGUCUACCGGGACGGGGCCUGGGGGGCGUUCCGCCACUUCCCACUGGAAAAGGACCGGCCAGAGGAGCAGACAGAGCAUGCCUUCGUAAACAUCCUCACCCGAGGGGACCUCUCCUCCAUCCGCUGGGUCUGCUCUCCUCUGCGCCACGCCCAGCCCACUGGCCCUGGAGUCCAGCUCUGCACCAUCUAUUAUGCCUCCCUCAACUUCCGAGACAUCAUGCUGGCCACGGGCAAGCUGUCCCCUGACGCCAUCCCAGGAAAAUGGGUCGCUCGAGACUGCAUGCUGGGCAUGGAGUUCUCCGGCCGAGAUGCCAGAGGCAAGCGUGUGAUGGGGCUGGUGCCCGCCGAAGGCCUGGCCACCUCCAUUCUGGUGUCUCAGGACUUCCUGUGGGACGUGCCUUCCAACUGGACCCUGGAGGAGGCAGCUUCAGUGCCCGUCGUCUAUGCCACAGCCUAUUACGCGUUGGUAGUACGCGGACGCAUGCAGCCUGGGGAGACAGUGCUCAUCCACUCGGGCUCGGGCGGUGUGGGUCAGGCCGCCAUCGCCAUCGCUCUCAGCCUGGGCUGCCGCGUCUUCACCACUGUGGGGUCAGCUGAAAAGCGGGCAUACCUCCAGGCCAGGUUCCCACAGCUCAACGAAGCCAGCUUUGCCAACUCCCGGGACACGUCCUUCGAGCAGCACGUGCUUUGGCACACGGCCGGGAAGGGUGUUGACCUCGUCCUGAAUUCCCUGGCGGAAGAGAAGCUGCAGGCCAGCGUGCGGUGCCUGGCCCAGCAUGGUCGAUUCCUGGAAAUUGGCAAAUUUGACCUUUCCAACAACCAUCCCCUGGGCAUGGCCAUCUUCCUGAAGAACGUGACUUUCCACGGGAUCCUGCUGGAUGCAAUCUUUGAUGACGACAGCGCCACCUGGCAGGAGGUGUCGGCGCUGCUGCAGGCGGGCAUCCGGGACGGCGUGGUGCAGCCCCUCAAGUGCACCGUGUUCCCCAAGACCCAGGUGGAGGACGCCUUCCGCUACAUGGCCCAGGGCAAACACAUCGGCAAAGUGGUCCUCCAGGUACGCGAGGAAGAGCAGGAGGCGGUGCUGCAAGGGACCAAGCCCACCCUGACGGCGGCCUUGUCCAAGACCUACUGCCCCUCCCACAAGACCUACAUCAUCACAGGGGGCCUGGGUGGCUUCGGCCUAGAGCUGUCUCAGUGGCUUAUGCUGCGAGGGGCCCAGAAGCUGGUGCUGACCUCCCGCUCCGGGAUCCGCACAGGCUACCAGGCCAGGCAGGUCCGUGAGUGGAGACGCCAGGGUGUGCAGGUCCUGGUGUCCACCAGCAACGCCAGCUCGCUGGAUGGUGCCCGGAGCCUUAUCACUGAGGCCACCAAGCUUGGGCCUGUAGGCGGCGUCUUCAACUUGGCCAUGGUCCUGAGAGACGCCAUGCUGGAGAACCAGACCCCUGAGUUCUUCCAGGACGUCAACAAACCCAAGUACAGUGGCACCCUGAACUUGGACAGGGUGACCCGGGAGGCAUGCCCCGAGCUGGACUACUUCGUGGUCUUCUCCUCGGUGAGCUGCGGGCGUGGCAACGCCAGCCAGACCAACUACGGGUUCGCCAACUCCGCCAUGGAGCGCAUAUGUGAGAAGCGCCGGCAUGAUGGCCUCCCAGGCCUCGCCGUGCAGUGGGGUGCAAUUGGCGAUGUGGGCGUCGUGCUGGAGACCAUGGGUACCAACGACACAGUCAUUGGCGGGACGCUGCCCCAACGCAUCAUCUCCUGCAUGGAGGUGCUGGACCUCUUCCUGAACCAGCCCCACCCCGUCCUGAGCAGCUUUGUGCUGGCGGAGAAGAAGGCCGCAGCCCAUGGUGAUGGCAGCAGCCAGCAGGACCUGGUGAAGGCUGUGGCUCACAUCCUGGGCAUCCGUGACUUGGCCACUGUCAACUUGGACAGCUCACUGGCAGACCUGGGCCUAGACUCACUCAUGGCUGUGGAGGUGCGCCAGACGCUGGAGCGAGAGCAUGACCGGGUGCUGUCCAUGCGGGAAAUCCAGCAGCUCACGCUCCGGAAGCUGCAGGAACUUUCCUCGCAGGCUGGCACAGCUGAUGAGCUGGUGGCCCCCACACCCAAGGAGGACAGCCCUGCCCGGCAGCAGGCCCAGCUGAACCUGAGCACCCUGCUGGUGAACCCUGAGGGCCCGACCUUGGCUCCACUCAACUCUGUGCAGAGCUCCGAGCGGCCCCUAUUCCUGGUGCACCCCAUCGAGGGCUCCAUCACAGUGUUCCACAGCCUGGCUGCCAAGCUCAGCAUUCCCACCUACGGCCUGCAGUGCACGGGAGCUGCGCCCCUGGACAGCAUCCAGAGCCUGGCCGCCUACUACAUCGAGUGCAUCAGGCAGGUGCAGCCAGAGGGGCCCUACCGCAUCGCUGGCUACUCCUAUGGGGCCUGCGUGGCCUUCGAGAUGUGCUCACAGCUGCAGGCACAGCAGAGCGCCGGCCCCACGAACAAUAGCCUCUUCCUGUUCGAUGGCUCGCACACCUACGUGUUGGCCUACACGCAGAGCUACCGCGCCAAGAUGACCCCUGGCUGCGAGGCCGAGGCCGAGGCCGAGGCCAUGUGCUUCUUCGUACAGCAGUUCACUGACGCGGAGCACGGCAGGGUCCUGGAGGCGCUACUGCCCCUCGAGGGCCUGGAGGAGCGCGUGGCGGCCGCCGUGGAGCUGAUCGCACAGAGCCAUGCGGGCCUGGACCGCCAUGCCGUCCGCUUCGCGGCGCGCUCCUUCUACCAGAAGCUGCGGGCGGCCGAGAAGUACACACCGCAGGCCACCUACCAUGGCAACGUGACACUGCUGCGCGCCAAGACAGGCGGCACCUACGGCGAGGACCUGGGCGCUGACUACAACCUGUCCCAGGUGUGCGACGGCAAGGUGUCCGUGCACGUCAUUGAGGGUGACCACCGCACACUGCUGGAGGGCAGCGGCCUGGAAUCCAUCCUCAGCAUCAUCCACAGCUCCCUGGCCGAGCCCCGUGUCAGCGUGCGGGAGGGCUAGGCCAGAGGGUCCUGCAUGUGGGGCCUACCCCGCCGGCCCCCGCACCCCACGUGCAGCCACCAGUAGGACCAGCGCCCUCCCCUCUCCUACCCCCCAUCCCGGCUGCCCUGGGCGCGGGGCUGGGACCCGCGCCACCAACUCGGAGACCUGCCCGGUCUGUGAAGAGUCGGCCGAGCCGCCAGCCAGGCCAAGCUUCCUGAAUCGCGCGGGCUCUGCCACGCGGGUCCAUUUGUCGUUUCUCCGUUCGGAUUCUCCUAUUUAUUGGGUCGCCAGGGAGACGCCGGUUGGUCCACCUGUGAGGCCGGCACGCGGUAGCCGGGCCGGGGCCCCAUGAUGCCGGCAGUGGAGCGGAGCAGCCCCGGGCACUGGGCACCCACCCUAUUCGUCUGUGUUCAUUUUUCAAGAAACAACAUUCAAACUGCUGCUUGGAUUUUGAAAUUUACUGUAAUUGUCUGUGUAAAGAACCAUGUCUGGAUCCUGUUUCAUUUUUACACCAACCUGGUAGAAAUGUUGUCUCCUCUGGAGCCUCCCCACGAUUAAACCGCACGUGCGCUCUGGC